CCAACCAGUAGAAGUCUCUAGAGAAGGCGAACAAAAUAUUUGUACUAAAUAACAGCCCCCGCCCCCGCCCCCAAAUUCUCAGGCUACCACCAAACAAGAAGCGCAGCUUUACAUCUUUUUUCGCAGUAUUUAGAGAGAAGUGGUAACUUGAGCUGUUUAUUCUGGUGGGCUGUUGUGGAUUUUCCUUUCUCUGUCAUAAGAUGCACUUCCGGUCAUCAUCAUACCAAAUGCAGGUAGAUUUGUUGGUAUGGAUGCAAAGAAAUUCAUGCAGUUGGUCGAGGAGAAGAAAAAGAGAGUCUUGGCGAAAAAAGAAGCACCCUUGAAAUGGGAACAGAAACUUGAAGCCGCCGCAAAGGCGAAAGCCGAUGCAGAAGCCAACGAGAAGAAAUCGAAGGCUGCCAAGCACAAGAGGAGGUAUGUAUCGAUAUCCGAAAUCGACAGUGAUAGUGAUAGUGACGUCGAUGAUAGAAAGAGGACUAAAAAGUCUCACAAGAAAAGAAGAAAGCACGGCCGCCACCAUUCUUCUGACUCUGGCGACCACGAGAAGAGGAAGGAUAAGAAGUACAGGCAAAAGCCGAAGAGAAGAUCGGUAUCCGAUUCUGAUGAAGACAGCUUUUACGAGUACGAGAGUGACUCGGAAGAGGAGAAGAGAAGGAAGCACUUACAUAGGAAACGGAGGCGUGGUUAUUCGGUGUCUGAUUCCGGUUCUUCGAGUGACGAGAGUAGUGACGACGAUGAUGCUGUCAGAAGAAAGAGGAACCGUGCGAAGCACCACAAGCGUCAUAGAGCAAAACAUUCUAGUCACUCGGAUGAUUUUUCCGGUGAUGAAAGAAAGAAGCAUCGUGUGAAGCGCCACCACAAACACCAUAGGAGAUCACGAAGUCACGAUGAGACUUCAGACUCCGAUGAAAACAGGCAUGGUAGGAGGAGAUGUGUAGGGAAGUCGUCGGAUGAUAAUGAUGAACCCAGUGGAAUAGAUAACGGAAAAGAGAAUCACCGCCGCGACCACCACCACCACCACCACCACCACGACCGCGGGUCUAAUCUGGAUGAAGAACAUUUUGAGUAUGGUUCUGGAGAACCAAAUUUGGAUGGCCAUGCUAAUACUCCCAGCCGUGAUGUUUAAAGAUUCUAUACGAGUGAGAGUUGCGGAAUUCAAGUGCUUUUGACAUUGGCUGCAUUUUUGUUGUUUUCUAUGUCGUUCGUAUGUUGCACUCUAUAAAUUAUUGGUACCUAAAAUUACUCACCUCUGUUGUUAUUUGAGAUUAUUUUCUGCACCAA